AUGCGCCCACUAGAUGGCCCACUAGAGACAUGCGGCCCUUUAGAUGGCCCACUAGAUGGCCCAUUAGAGGACCCACUAGAAGGCCUACUAGAGGACCCACUAGAUAGCCCACUAGAGGAUCCACUAGAGGACCCACUAGAGGACCCACUAGAUGGCCCACUAGAUGGCCCACUAGAGGACCCACUAGAGGACCCACUAGAGGACCCACUAGAUGGCCCACUAGAGGACCCACUAGAUGGCCCACUAGAGGACCCACUAGAUGGCCCACUAGAGGACCCACUAGAUGGCCCACUAGAUGGCCCACUAGAGGACCCACUAGAGGACCCACUAGAUGGCCCACUAGAUGGCCCACUAGAAGACCCACUAGAUGACCCACUAGAUGGCCCACUAGAGGACCCACUAGAUGGCCCACUAGAUGGCCCACUAGAGGACCCACUAGAUGGCCCACUAGAGGACUCACUAGAGGACCCACUAGAUGGCCCACUAGAGGACCCACUAGAUGGCCCACUAGAUGGCCCACUAGAGGACCCACUAGAGGACCCACUAGAUGGCCCACUAGAUGACCCACUAGAGGACCCACUAGAGGACCCACUAGAUGGCCCACUAGAGGACCCACUAGAUGGCCCACUAGAUGGCCCACUAGAUGGCCCACUGGAUGGCCCACUAGAGGACCCACUAGAUGGCCCACUAGAGCCAACAAGCACAUCACGUCAUCUGAACAAAAGCAGAGCUAGAAAACUGAGCCAAUUUGUCCAGAACUUUGCCGAGUGCUUGAAAAAAGUUUUUUACAUGAGAGCUGAAAUGGCCAUCAUUUGA